GGACCUCUCAGAUUCUUGACGAGCAGUUCGUCGACGGAAUAAAAAAUUGCACGAUGGUGCUGAGAGAAUACAGAUUGAUCCUGCUGGCGCUGAUUUUAUUCGCUGGCAGCGCCAACGCGAAAAUUUACGAGCGCUGCGAACUGGCCAAAGAGCUCAGGGAUCGGCUGCGUGUGCCUGCGGAGCAACUCGCAACCUGGGUUUGCAUUGCAGAUCACGAGUCGCGGUUCAACACUUCCAUAAUCGGCACCCUCGCUGAAGGGAAGGACCACGGACUCUUUCAAAUCAGCGACCUGUUCUGGUGUGAAACGGGUGACAUAGGGGGUGCGUGUGGCUUGGACUGCAACUCGCUUCUAGACGACGACAUCCGAGACGACUACACCUGCGCCCGCAGGAUAUUCCGAGCACACCAAGGUCUUCAGGGUGACGGGUUCAGGGCGUGGGCCGUGUACGGACCCCACUGCUCAAGCGGACGAGCGGCCAACGAAGCGAAAUACACGAAUGACUGCUUCGAGGCGCCCGAGGUAGCCCAGGACGCGGAAGGCACCUUUGCCGUUCAGCAGCGUGUGCAAAUUGCUCAUCAACCUGCCCACUUGACUUGGCUCUUCCCAGGCUAUCCCUAUUACCACCAAGUUCAAUACUAUGGACGAUAGCAGUUGUAAAGAAGAAAAAAUAAUAAAAGUAUUUUAAAUUAAGAAAAAAAAAAAGUUUCAAAGGAAAUGAAUACCCUGAUCUAAUAAAUUACUCAGCAUGGAAACUUUCGCACCGUAAGCAGAAAUUAUUUUUAAUAACAAAGCAUUACUUAAUGUGCAGUUUAUUUUGUUAAUUCAGUAUGUAUAGCCAUAUUAUUAAAAAUGCGGCUUAUUUUAUGGCCACUGCUGCUUUUCACUUUGACUUGUUUAACCCUUGCCACGAGAUACACCGCUCCUCCGACGCAGCGCAUCCAGAGGAAACUGUUGGAAGAUUUGGUGAAAAACUAUAACACGACUUUUCUGUGCGAAAUCGAAAAGUUGGACUGGCGUGACUUUGCCGAUUUCCCGAUUGUGGUGACGACGAUAGGCGACGACUACUUUUACCAGCGAUGCAUCCAAGUGGAGCGUUUUCCCAGGCACGGAACUUUUGACUCGGACUGCAGGAAGUGUUUGGACGUGAUGAACCUCUACAGGAGAUUCUUCCACCACAAAGGACCGUUUCUUCUCUACUACGGAGAGAUGAAGAAAUUGACAGUUGCGCAAGGAGUAGACUGCAGUUUUUACUUUUAAUC